AUGAGAAUUGGGCAGCAAAGGUUUUCGCAUAAGGGCGAGCUCCGAGCUUCAGCUUUCUCAUCUACAAUUCACAACCGGAGAAACUUGCUUCUAUUUAUAGAUCAACUGGAGCUGAAAAGGAAGAAAUUUGUCUAUGUUGAGCCGCCUAGGAGGGUUAAAGAAAUACUUGAAGAAGAGCUUUAUUUUCGGAAAGAGGAAUGCCAUGUUAAACAUCCAGCUGCAGUGGCUCUGGAAGGAAUUUGGACUGUGAAAAAAAAAUUCCCCAUGGGAGGCCUGAAACCAGCACCACAGGACAGAAACAGUUUACUUUUACAACCAAAAUUCUACUCAAGGCAUGAAGGAAUGAAAAGAUGGGCUUCAUGAAAAGCAGCAUCUUCAUUUUUG